AUGGUGCCCAUCAAAGUUGCAGUACUUGAUGAUUACCAGGGCAUAUCUGAGCCCAAGUUCAAGGCUCUUGAUCCCGCUCAGUUCGAAGUGACUUUCUUCAAAGACACCCUCCUGCCAUACAACCACCCCGACACCCCAGAUGAGGUCAGGGAGCAGCUCGUCAAGAGGCUGGAGCCUUUUGAUGUGAUCUCUACGAUGCGCGAGCGCACGCCUUUCCCCGAAGCCCUCAUUAACCGUCUUCCGAACCUCAAGCUGCUCUUGACAACAGGCACACGCAACCUUUCCCUUUCGCUACCGACCUUCCAGGCGCGUGGCAUCCCUGUGGCGGGUGCCGUCGACCGGCAACAUGCUGGGUCAGUUGGCUCGGUCAGCACAACGGAGCACUGCGUGGCAAUGAUCCUGGCAGCCGCACGAAAUAUUGCUCAAGACGACUUAACGGUCAAGAAUGGUGGAUGGCAGACUGUGCCUGCGGUCAGUCUCAAGGGGAAGGUAUUUGGGACUGUAGGAUUGGGUCGUCUUGGCGCUGCUGUGGCAAGAAUCAUGAGUGUUGGCUUUGGGAUGAAGGUUAUCGCAUGGAGCGAGAACCUCAAUCAGGAGAAGGCAGACCAGAAGGCAAGGGAGAUGGGUUUACCAGUAGAGGAUACGAAUGGAGAGAAAACUUUCCGUGCGGUGAGCAAGGAGGAGCUGUUCUCAACGGCAGACGUGGUCAGCAUCCAUCUGGUGUUGUCAGACAGGAGUCGGGGUUGCAUCAAGAAGAGGGAUCUCGAGCUAAUGAAGAAGGGGGCCAUUUUUGUGAACACGUCACGGGGCCCUUUGGUUGUUGAGGAGGAUCUUCUCGAAGUUCUGGAACAAGGCCGAAUCAGGGCUGCAGCGCUAGAUGUCUUUGAGCUGGAACCGCUGCCGGCGAAUAGCAGGUGGCGGACCACAAGAUGGGGAGAGGACGGUCGCAGUCGUGUGUUGCUGACGCCGCAUAUGGGAUAUGUGGAGGAGGCCACUCUUGAUGCUUGGAGGAACAGAGAUAAUUCUGAAGUCCUCUCCAUCGUUAAGCCCAUCGACUCUUUUCCCCUAAUCCCGUUGACUUGCAUCAAGAAGUCGCCUCUCUUCUUCGGUAACUUCGAGUGUCUUCUCUUCAACAAGCAGGGUGACUGGAAAUGUCAGAGUUCAGAGAACGAUAGCUUGGUCUCGAGGGCAGAUCCUGUUACGUUCAGUAGGAAUACAGGCAACAAUUCUUCAAGUUCAUUCACCGUUGGUCGCUCAGCCAACAGCGCAACGCCCUGCAUAUUUGGACAGUCCUCUAAUGAGGGCUGGGAUCGGUUAGGCUCUCUUAAGCCUGGUGAGAUUCGCGAGCCUUCGGCUCCUGCUGCACAUCUGUUCUCCUUCUCUGCAUCGCCCAUUGUCAGUCAUCCUUCUAGCACGGCCGAGAGCAAUCAGCUUGCAAUCGGCCCUCAAGCACAACGUCCUCUUCAGAGUUUGACUGCGAGUGUUUCUUCUCCCCAGAUCGCCCAUCGUUCACAGACUUCUGGUGGCACACUUGUUAUAGGGUCUGCCCGCCGGCAGGCUGCAAGUACUCCUCGAAUCAUCCCCAACAGGGUGAACACAGAGGCUGCUACUCCCCAACUCAAUCAGCGCCGUCGUAAUACUAACAAUUCAGCUGGUGACUUUACCAGCCCACAGAUUACCAAUUGUUCUCAGACUUCGAGCACUACGUCUAGCUUAGUGGUUACCACCUUCCGAGCCACCGACACAUCGCAGACUUCCGGGAACGAUCGAGUUCAAGUAUCUGCCGCUCCACUGAUUUCUAACGUCCAGCCUUCGUUGUCCACUAGUAAAUCGACGGGGAGCACUGCGGCUUUGGAAACCUCAAAGCAUUCUCAGAGUUCCGGCAGUGAUUCAAUUCAAGGGGGUGUCACCCACCGGCGUUCUCAGAAUCUCAACAAGUCAGCCGCAGGGUCUCCUGCGACCCAGGCCACUGUCAGACAGUCGGUUGUUGGGCUUGCUCCUCCGCAGGUCACCUCACUGCCAGAUGAAGUUACUCAGCCGACAAAAGCACCUGCUCUUCCGAAGACCAACCGACAGCCCAUGAGCCUCAACAAGACCGCAAAAGCGCCCGCUACUUCAGGGGCUCCUCAAGCCCAACAAACAUUGGUUAACAAGGAGAACAAUGGAACUGCCACCCCUCAGGUCAAUCAACUCUCACCGAAUAACAGCAACACCUGGAUCGGAGGAUUUGGCACUUCUCAGGUCGAUCAUCGUUUGCAAGAGACCAACAAAGCUGCUGGAGGAUCCGGUGCUCACCAAGCUAUCAAGUCCACUGCUGUUAAAGUUGAGGCCUCUAACGGAGAGAGUGGCCUGGGACGGCAUCUCACCCAGUCGCUCCCCAAUCCACACGCUGCUCAGGAAGAAGCUCGCUGGCAAGCGCGCAAAAGUGCCCUUCUCGGACUUUCUAGGAUAUGCGAGUUUCGUGGCUGCAUCCCUCAAUGGGAAACCAGGUCUUCCAAUGAGGGUUGGUUUGCCACCGUCAUUGUGAGGAGUACCGCAUACAUGGCCGGUCCAUAUCGCAAGGCAGAAUGGGCAAAGAUCGUUGCUGCGGAAAGGGCUCUGAAUGCCCUAGGGUCCAGAGCCUUUCAAGCUCAGAAACAGGCUCAACGGAGGGGAUCCACAUACCGGCCCUCUCACGGCAAACCCAACAACAAUCUCGCUGCUAAUGUUCAGCAGAACCAGAAGUCCAGCAAUCCCACGGGUCCGUCAUCCCAGGGAAAUAUGAACCAAUCCCAGAAGGCCACACAUCAGACUGCUCGCCCUGCUCAGGAACAGCAAACUGCCCAUCAGAUUCCCCAUCCGCCUCAACAAGUGCCUAUUAAUCAGCAUGCUCGUCCUGCUCAACAUGAGUCUCCACCCCAUCCAACUUUUCCAUCUUCUCAACAUGAUAAUCUCGCAGACGUUCAACUCCCAGACUAUGCACGGAAUAACCCGAUUGCCCUCCAGGCAUUCUUUGAAGGGCUUGCCUUGGGUGCUCGCAUGGCGGAUGUAAUUAUACGGUCUAGCCGCGAAGAUGAGCGUAGCCGCCAUCAUGAGCGCUCCCGUAGUCGUUCUCCGCUCCAGGCUUCCAGAAGCGAUAAUAUUAGGCGCUAUCGCGAGCGGACCCCUCGUGUCUCUGAGCCGCUGCGUGACACCUACCGCUCUCCGUCCGAAUCUCGUUCACGCCGUCGCCGAUAUCGCGGUAGCUGCCUUCCACAGGAGUUCUGGGAUCGUUAUCACCCUGCCAGUUCAGAUGGCGCGAAUGGUCGCUGGGAGCAUGAUCGGUAUCCCUACUAUGACGAUUAA